UGUGGACGAAGAACUUGAUAUUUCAGUUGCCUCUGCUUACCUCGCUCUGCCUCUUUGUUCUCAGGCAGCCAUGGCUUCCACUGCACUAUCUCCUAUCACCACCAUCUUCCGAAGCCGGAAAGCCGUAAAUCCGGCGGCUGCACGGAGCCGGCCGGCGGUGGUGUUUGCAUUGGACGGCGCGGCGGGUGAAAACCCACGUCGGAGAAACCGGAACCCAGAAGUCGACACCAGAAUUCAUUGGGAUAGCCCGGAGGAAGGGUGGGUAGGAGGAGGCAAGUCCAGUGCAGCCGGUGCUGAGAAAGAAGAAAACUUUGGGGAGAAAUUUUCUGAACUUCUCAAGGACACUGCAGGCUCCCAUUAUGAGUUUUUAGGGGUGCCCGCUCAAGCAGAUUUGGAAGAGAUCAAGGCAGCUUAUAGGAGAUUGACAAAGGAAUACCAUCCUGACACCACAACAAUGCCAUUAAAGGCAGCCUCAGACAAGUUCAUGCGCUUGAGAGAAGCUUAUGAUGUCUUGAGUAAUGAAGAGAGACGACGGUUCUAUGACUGGAGCUUGGCUCAGGAAGCUGCAAGCCGCCAAGCUGAAAGGAUGAAGCUGAGACUAGAGGACCCUUACGAACAAGACGUGAAGAACUGGGAGUCUGUUCCUGACAUGGUUGACAGGCUUGGCGGGAAGAACAUGAAGCUCAGCGACCAGGCUCUUACUGCCAUCACGAUUGAUGUGGCGAUAAUCAUAUUCACCAUCUGCUGCGCAAUGUAUGUUGUCUUCUUCAAGGAACCCAGCUAGAAAAUUCCCCCCUGUUUAUUUAUAAGAAAUAUUGGGAUUAUAAUUGACUAAAGAAAAAGGAUUACAGUUCAGAACAUACGUCUCCUCCCCUCCUGUGUCUCUCUUAAAGAGUGAUGAGUUACAGAUGUGGAGCUUUUCAAUCAAGAGAAUAUAUAACUUUGAUUAGCACAAAAAUUAUGAAUGUCGGUCAAAAAAUGUACUAAAUGCUUUAGCACCAACUUCC